CAACGUUACAUCACGCACACACGCGCACCAAAGCCAAGCCCGGCACACGACACCGCCCACCCCGCCCCGCGCACACGCACACACAGUGAGCACGCGCACCGAGCCGCGCACUGUCCUGGGAAGCGGCGGGAGGAGACCGAUGGGGAGCAGCGGCGGCAGCAGCGAGCACUUCCUGCGGCAGCUGAGCUCCAGCGACGGCGGCGGCAGCGCGCCGCACCAGCUGCUGCAGCAGGAGUGGGAGUGCGGCGGCGGCAGCAGGCGCGGGUCGCGGCGCUGGUCCAGGAAGAAGGCGCGGGCCCGCGGCCACCGCCGCGGCGGCGGGUUCUGCCGGACGGAGGAGGCCGCGGCGGCGGGGCGGAAGCGCGUGAUGGUGGUGGUGGACCAGAGCUCCGGCGCCAAGCACGCCAUGAUGUGGGCGCUCACCCACGUCGCCAGCAAGGGCGACUUCCUCACCCUGCUCCACGUCCUGCCGCCGCAGACCGGGAACGGCGGCGGCGGCGGCCGCGGAGGCGGGGUGGACGCCUCCGCGCUCGCCAACUCCCUCGGCGCGCUCUGCAAGGCCUGCAAGCCUGAGGUGGAGGUGGAGGCGCUUGUGAUCCAGGGGCCCAAGCUGUCGACCGUCCUCAGCCAGGUGAAGAAGCUGGAGGCGUCCGUGCUCGUGCUCAGCCAACGCAAGCCCUCGCCUUUCUGCUGCUUCAUGCGGAGCGGGAGCGAGGCGUUCGUGGAGGAGUGCAUCAACCGGGCGGAGUGCCUGACGCUGGCGGUGCGGCGGCAGAGCAAGGGCGUCGGUGGCUACCUCGUCAGCACCCGGUGGCAGAAGAACUUCUGGCUCCUGGCUUGACGACGCUGACGCUGACGGUGACGGGCCCUCCUCAUUGUGUGCAAACUUUUACUGCCAAGGCUGAGCUUUUAAAUUACAAACAAGGUCGAUAAGCUAGCUGUAACUGCAUCAAUAACCUCCACUGUCUGUCCCAGUGUGUGUGUGCCUGAUCUAUGUGUGUGUCCGUGCGACGCUGUUGUGAUGCUGUGUGUAUUAUAUAUCCUCUUGGUUGGCUCUACUGCUGUAGCUGUGCCUCACUGCCUCACUUUGCUGAUGCAAAAGCCAGGAUCUGACCCGCUGCCUAACAGUGUCCGUUUGUAAA